AUGGCGAUCUUUGAAAGAUGGAAAAAGUUGCAGAGAAGAAAAGGACGUAUGGAAGAGAUUGGGAUGAUCUGGACGUCACGCUUCUUCUACUCUCUCUCUCCAACCUCUUCAAGAAAAUUAAUAAAUAGAACAGUUAAAACUGGUGCAAAUGACGGUAAUAAAGUCGUGACUGAGAUGCCGAGCUUUGUUCCUCCAGUACCCACUUCCAAUCCCACUGGUACAGAGGGGAGCACCAUUCGUUCAUCUCGAAUUUCAGACUUUGGAACUCUAGAGCAAACUCUUGGUUUUCGCAUAGAGGAUGCUGUUGACAUUGGGAGAAGUCCUGUAUUUAAUCAAAAUAAAUUAAGUAGCCAGGCACUGGGGAGUAGUGAUGCCCAAUUUGGCUCUUUAAAUAAGCUGGUGCCACUGCAAAAAGAGGCACAACAAAAUUUGCCUUCUGUAUCUCGUAGCAAUCACGAGAACUGGGGGGAGUCCAGUAUGGCAGAUGGAAGCCCUAGGACUGAUACUUCAACAGAUGACACAGAAGAUAAAAAUCAGAGGACUGAACUGAAUCAAAUGACUGGUCUUCUAGUUUCUGAUUCGAGUGACAGGUCAAAAGAUAAACCUGGUGAUCAAAAGACACUGCGAAGACUUGCUCAAAAUCGUGAAGCCGCCAGGAAAAGCAGAUUAAGAAAAAAGGCAUAUGUACAACAGCUUGAGAGUAGCCGGCUGAAAUUAACCCAGCUUGAGCAAGAGCUUCAGCGUGCCCGCCAGCAGGGAAUAUUCAUUUCAAGCUCUGGAGAUCAAUCUCAUUCGAUGAGUGGAAAUGGUGCUCUGGCAUUUGAUGUGGAAUAUGCAAGGUGGCUAGAGGAGCACAACAGGCAGAUAAAUGAGUUGAGGGCUGCUGUUAAUUCACAUGCGGGUGACACUGAACUUCGUACCGUUAUUGACAAUGUCAUUGCUCACUAUGAUGACAUUUUUAGACUGAAGGGUACUGCAGCAAAAGCUGAUGUUUUCCACAUCUUGUCAGGAAUGUGGAAAACACCAGCUGAAAGGUGUUUCAUGUGGAUUGGUGGCUUCCGCUCAUCUGAGCUCCUUAAGCUUCUGGUGAAUCAAUUGGAACCGUUAACUGAGCAGCAAUUGGUGGGUAUUUACAACUUGCAGCAGUCAUCCCAGCAGGCUGAAGAUGCUCUGUCACAAGGGAUGGAGGCAUUGCAGCAAUCCCUUGCUGAAACCUUGGCCAGUGGCUCACCUGGGCCAUCAGGAUCAUCUGGAAAUGUAGCAAACUAUAUGGGUCAAAUGGCCAUGGCCAUGGGAAAGCUAGGAACUCUUGAGGGUUUCCUCCGCCAGGCUGACAAUCUUCGCCAACAAACGCUGCAACAAAUGCAUCGUAUACUGACGACCCGACAAUCAGCUCGUGCACUGCUUGCAAUAAAUGACUAUUUUUCGCGUCUUCGAGCCCUGAGUUCUCUUUGGCUUGCCAGGCCCAGAGAGUGA